GUGAAACAUGUUAUGUGACAAGAGCGACUUCGCAAGCUAAAUUGAACAUGUAGAAGUGCAUUUUACUUAUUUUGUUAAGAACCACGGUGAUGAUAAAGAAAUAUUCAAAAUGUCUGAAGAGAGGGAUAUUCUAAAUCUGACGGAUGACGAAGAAGAAUACGAUGACGAACAGACGAUACCGGAGUUGCACGGAACAUUGAACAAGUGGACAAAUUAUCUUCACGGGUGGCAAGAUCGCUACAUCGUACUCAAAGAUGGCACGUUGAGCUAUUACAAAUCAGAAACAGAGACAGCAUUUGGGUGUAGGGGUGCUGUUAGUUUGACCAGAGCGUCUGUGAUACCUCAUCAGUUUGACGAAUGCCGGUUUGACGUCAGUGUCAAUGACAGUGUAUGGUAUUUGCGUGCGGAAAGUGUUGACGAGAGACAGCAAUGGAUCGAUGCUGUGGAACUUCAUCGUCAAGCUGAAUCAGGAUAUGGUAGUGAAAACAAUCUCCGUCGCCAUGGAUCCAUGCUGUCACUUACGUCAGGCACAAGUUUGUCGACAACUUCUACUUCAUCAUUCAAGCGAGGCCGGGGUCUGAAGGAGAAGCUGAUGGAGAUGGAGACGUUCCGUGACAUCCUGUGUCGACAGAUUGACACGCUACAGAGCUACUUCGACAGCUGCGCGUCCGUCGUGUCGCACGGGGCUCUGCACGAAUUGCCUGAAGCAGAUGAUAUUGAUGAUGAUGUGGAUAUCGAUCGACUGUCGUCAGAACCAAGUGUUGAGGUUCACGGACAUCACGAUAAGUUUGAAGAUUUUAAGGGACAGGACUUGGUGUCGGUGCUGCAGCAACAUGGAGGUCACGCCGUUGAUUUCAAGGGUGAAGCGUUCACGUUCAAGGCGACCACGGCUGGGAUCGUGGCCACUCUGUCUCACUGCAUCGACCUCAUGUCACAGAGAGAGGAGUCCUGGAGGAAAAGACUGGAGAGGGAAAUCGACAGAAGGAAGAAGCUAGAAGAUUUGCUUAAGCAUUCCGAGAGACCCAAACCCAUCGUUGUUGGUGGACCUGACUAUGAGGAAGGACCACAUUGUAUGAUCACAGAAGAUGAGUUCUAUGACGCAGUCGACGCAACAUUGGAUAAGAUGGAAAGAGAGGAGGAAAAGAAGAAAAAAGAACCAAUUAUACAACCUCCGAAAAUUUCCCUGCCUUCUUCACAUCAUUAUUAUGCAGAGAUCAACAAAGUUGUAAGUGAUCACUUAUUUCGGCUCAAUGAACGCACGAAAGACGGUCAGGAUACUUGGCAGUUAAUCGCUGAAGACGGAGAUCUCAAGGUGUUCAAGAGGGAAGUCGAAGAAAACGGCAUCGUUAUCGAUCCACUGAAAGCGACACACUUCGUCAAGGGUAUCACAGGCCAUGAGUUGUGUCACUAUUUCUGGGACAUAGAAUUCCGUAUGGAAUGGGAAGCGACGUUGGAGACUUGCAAGAUGGUGGAAUGGCUGUCGGAAGACACACUCAUCUCCAACAACAUCAUCAAGCGCGUGUGGCCGGCCUCGCAGCGGGACGCGCUCUUCUGGUCGCACAUCCGCCACAUCAACGCAGAGCACGAGGACGAACACGACAGCUGGAUUGUGGUGAACUACUCCACGGACCAUCCCAACUGUCCAGCUGGGAAAUAUGUGAGGAUCACUAUGAAUGUAGCUUUGGUUGGUCAGACAAUAAUCGAGCCCCCGGCAGAUGGUAACAUCACACGGGACAAUAUCUCUUGUAAAGUGUCUUACCAAGCAGAUGUUAACCCAGGAGGCUGGGCACCGGCUUCUGUCUUGAGAGCCGUGUACAAGAGAGAAUACCCCAAGUUCAUCAAGCGGUUCACACAGUACGUCAAGGACAAGACAGCCGACAAGGACAUUCUCUUCUAAAGGAUUCAAGUUAUUCACACAGUAUGUCAAGGACAAGACAGCCGACAAGGACAUUCUCUUCUAAAGGAUUCAAGUUAUUCACACAGUAUGUCAAGGACAAGACAGCCGACAAGGACAUUCUCUUCUAAAGGAUUCAAGUUAUUCACACAGUAUGUCAAGGACAAGACAGCCGACAAGGACAUUCUCUUCUAAAGGAUUCAAGUUAUGCACACAGUAUGUCAAGGACAAUACAGCAGAGAGAUUCUCUUCCAAGUUAUUCACGCAGUAUGUAAAGAGCAAUACAGCAAAGAGAUUCUCUUAUAAAUUAUUUAAAUUUUUCAGUCAAGAAUAAAGAAAUUGUCAAAAAUCUCAAAGUGUUAGAAAAAAGUCCUGGGACCUAAUUCACUAAACUCUCGCAACUUUGCGAUCUUGCAGGGCAAUACUAAAAGACUUUGUUGUCUAGCAGAGCUUAAGAGACCUUUUUGAAUUAGGCCCCUGGAAUUUUAUGGUCCUCCAGGUGUAAGAAUGAUGAAAUUGUAAAUAUUAGUUCUCAUAGUAGUUUUAAAACUACUUCAGGGUAAAGUUUAUUGCAAUCACAAUCAUACUCACAUGGUGAGUCCAGCUGAAGUCCAUUAAGAUUAUUUUUGUCUAGGAGGCUAUUAAAAAACAUGUGGCUGCUUUUGGUUACCACACAGUUGAUUUAUUUCAAUCCCUGUAGUGAAGUGAUCAAUUUGUCAGACGUAUGGCUGGUUGGUACUGGAUUCACAGCUCAUUACCAGAUCCGAUUCAGGAAAGUGUAAGGCUGGUUGGUACUGGAUUCACAGCUCAUUACCAGAUCCGAUUCAGGAAAGUGUAAGGCUGGUUGGUACUGGAUUCACAGCUCAUUACCAGAUCCGAUUCAGGAAAGUGUAAGGCUGGUUGGUACUGGAUUCACAGCUCAUUACCAGAUCCGAUUCAGAAAAGUGUAAGGCUGGUUGGUACUGGAUUCACAGCUCAUUACCAGAUCCGAUUCAGGAAAGUGUAAGGCUGGUUGGUACUGGAUUCACAGCUCAUUACCAGAUCCGAUUCAGGAAAGUGUAAGGCUGGUUGGUACUGGAUUCAUAGCUCAUUACCAGAUCCGGAAAGUGUAAAGCCACUACACCAAUUAUUUGUUUUCUCAUUAACAACUAAUCAAAAAUCUACUGUCCUUGACAGACAGCCCAGAUAUCUUAGGUUUGUGCCCAGGACGGCAUGCUUAAACCAUAAUUGGAUAUAUAUGCAUGUAAAUCAAGUUUAAAAAAAUAUAAAAUUGUGUUGGAAUUCAAGGCAAUAAGAAAUGGUUAGCUGAGACGUUUCUGUGCCUCUGUGAUACAUUUCUGGAUUGCUCAUGUUUAUGCGCAAUAGCAUGUGUGGUAUAAAACAGUCUCAUACUUACAGGAAACUUAACAAUCUAUAUAUAAUUUAUAAAUGCCAUAAAUGCAAUAGUUCUCUUGGUCUUUUACAGUAUGUAACAAAUACAAGUCUUAAAAGUUAUGGUUCAGGUGGGGGUUUUUUUCUCUUUUCUUUUUUAAUGUGGUUCCCAUGGCAACCCAAAAUGGUCACUAAAAAUGUGUUUUUAAAAAUGUACGACAUUGUGUACAUAUUACAUAUUUCCAGAACUGUUCAUUUUAACCAGUACCACACCGCAAACCCUAGUUCUGUUGAAAGUCAUUUUGUAAAACUAUGUUCUAUUGAGAACAUUAAUGGUAUGCUUUGUUCAGCUUUGUUUGCCAUUUGUAAUUUAAUUAACAUAAUCAUCAUAAUGAUGGAACUGACUGCUUCAAAUUGCAGGGAUAUUGCACUGAGAACCUAAUGUGGAUUUUUGAAAAAAUUUGUCAUUCAAACUCACAAAAGUCUUUUAAGUGCAUAAAAUUUGCUUUCAGAAUGUUUUUAAUACAUAUUUUGGUAUAAAAAUAAAUUUCUAUGUAUUUUACGUGUUGAUGUAAUACAUGCAAUGUAUAUUACAAAAUAGUAUGCUUCAUUUUUAACAUACUUUUAUAGAAUGGAAGUCUUAGUUUUCUUUUUCAGAUAUUGUAUAAACAUUAUAUACUGUAUAUCCUGAAA